AUGCAGGUUUGCAUAGAUGGCUCAAUCAAAGGACUUGCCAUUGGCGUGGAGCAGAUCUCUGAAAACAUCACAGACGAAAUGAUCGAUUCGAUGCUGGAUACAAAUGUCAAAGGCGUGCUGUACGUGACCAGGGAAAUUUUGCCGAAAAUGCUGCAAAGCGGUCGCAACGGCCAUAUCAUCAUGAUCGGGUCGAUUGCAGGAGUCGAAGCAUAUUCUCGCGGGUCAAUCUAUUGCGCCUCCAAGCACGCACUGAAUGCGAUAUCCGAGUCUCUGCGGAAGGAACUCAUUUCCACCCCGAUUCGGGUCACCGAAAUCCAGCCUGGUCUUGUGGAGACAGAGUUUUCUCUUGUUCGUUAUGGUGGGGAUGUACAUGCAGCCAAAAGAGUCUACAACGGCAUUGAAGCUCUUUCUGCCAACGAUGUCGCAGAGGUAGUUCUUUUCGCUGCCACCAGACCAAAACAUGUUCAAAUUGCCACCGUCAAACUACUGCCCACAAACCAAGCAAGCGUUUUUGAGGUGUCCCGUACAAAAAAUUAA